AUGAUUGAACUUGUAGAACAGUUCGAAAAAAAUAUCAGCCGCCUUCUUCUUUAUUCAAUGACGUUUAAUUACUAUUCAACUGUUAAAAAAUAUCUUGAUCAAAAUAGAAUUGAUUAUUCUUUACCUGAAUAUAUUCAACGAGGAUGGGAUCGUAUAUAUACACUCGAAGAAAAAGAAUUCAAUCAGCGACCAUGUAUAAUUGGAUCCGAUGUUCAAAUUCCAAAUUCGAUUGUUCGUCAUCGUCUGGGUACUCAACAAAGAUCGAUGAAAGCAAAUAUUGAAACAUUACGCAAUGUAUUUGAAUUACCUAAGGAAUUAUUGAUGAAUUUAUCUAUUGAACAUGAACUGCCUAAUACGAUCGAAGAAGAAAACAUAAGUUUUGAAUGGAAUGAUGAAGAUGAUGAUACUGUAAUAAAACAUAGAAAAUCAAUUGUUAGUACAAUUAUUAAUAAACAACGUGAAAAACGACGUAAAUAUGAAGAUUACAAAUAUAAUUAUGAUAAUAGUGAACCAUUACCAAUCGAUGAAAUCAUUGAAGAAAUUCAAACAAAUAUUGGUAAAGAUUUAAAAACUGAAGAUUUAAAUUUAAUUACAGAAUUAAUGCAAAUAAUCAGUCGUUAUAAACAAGCUCAAAUUAUGAAUAUUUAUGAUGAAUUAUCUGAUAUUCAUUUAAUUAGUAAAUUUGGUGGUGUUCCAAAGCUUGUACAAGCUCUACAAGAAAUUCAAAGAGCAUUUGAACAAGUAGCUAUGAAAACAAAUGUUGCUUCUAUUGAAACUGUUAUCGAUGUUUUACUUGAAAAAGAUCAUACUUAUCGUGUAGCAGUUGAAUUAUUAAAUUCAUUUAAUGAAAAUAUGAAGAAACAUAAACAACAACAAAUGUUUAAUUUAAACAAUAAAUCUGCUACAUCGGAUUUAACUAUAUUAAUCAAUGAUCUUCAAACAAUUCAAAAUAUUGAUACAAGUCAAGUAAAUAAUAAAGAUCAUGAUGAUCAAGUUAAAUUUUUAUCUGAACAAUUAAAUACUAUCUUCACACGUGCACAUUUUGAUGGAAUUAAAACAACAUUUCAUUCAAUGAAAUCAUCUGUUAGCGAUGCCUUACAAGAAUUUAUUGAUAAAACUGAAAUUAGUUUAAAAACUAAAUUAACAGAACAUGAUAAUAUUACUAUUGAAUCAUAUAUUCAAGAUCGUUUAACCUUAUUAAAUAAUAAUGAAUUAAAAAGAAUCUAUGAACGUUUAGCACAACAAGGUAUUCUUAAACGUCAUAUAGGUUCUGGUGAAUUAAAUCAAACAAUAACUAUGGGUUUAAUGAAAAAAAUUAAUACGGAUGGAUUAGGUAUAGUAAUUGAAAAUAUGAAAGAAGCACAUUUAGAUAUUGAUUCUAUGAGUAAACUUUUACAAGAAUUAAUUUGUAUUAAUAACUAUAUUCAAACUCAAUCAUCUAUUUCAAUUGAACAAAUUCAAAACCACUUAGCUAUGGCAUAUUUUAUCGAAACAAGUAAUCUUAGUGAACAAAAUAUCCAAGAAUUAGCUAAAUCAACUAAGUUAUAUUCUAUUGUUGACAUAUCUCUUAGUGAUAAAGCAACGAAAGAUGAAUAUUCUAUAUUUCUUGAACAGUUGAAAUCUCCAUUUAUACGUAUAUGUAUACAACGAAUUUUAAAUUCAGUUAAUGAAAAUACGAUUGAUUUGAGUAAAGUAUCGAACGAAUUUUAUAAACAAUAUAUUAAUGAUUUACUUCAUGAAUUGAUUUAUGGCUCUGAAGAAUUUAAUAGAAAUUUACUUUUUCAUCAAGUUCAAGAGCAAUUAAAGAAAAAUAAAGAUUUAGUCGAUAAAAUUUAUAGACAAAUGUUAAAAGAAAAAUUAAUUAAUAUUGAUACGAAAAUUAAAAUAGAUACAGAUAAAAAGAAAGUAUCCAUAAUUAGUAAUGAUAUCAAUAGAAUUUUAAAUAAUAAAGAAGAUCGAGCACAACAAUCGAAGUUAAUAGAAUUAUUCAAUAAAAUUGAUGUACCUAUUCCUGAACGUAUUAAACAUUGGUAUAAAACCAAAUCAAGUAUGCCAGUAAAACAAUUGCCAUUAUCGAAUUUGAAAAAAGAAACACGUCGGCCAAAUGCUAAGCUCACUAAUACAAUACCUAAAACUUUAAGAGAAGGAGUAACUCGAGAUAUCAAAGAUCGUAGUGCCACUAUUUCAUCAUCCAAGCAUGGCAAUGGACAGAAAAAACCAUCAGUGAAACUUCAACAAAAACGCCCUGAAAUGAAUAAAUCUUCAAAAAUUCUUGAUCCUGUAUCUACUACUCACCCAACUAUAUCAACCACAACAACAGAUGUAAUUAAUACUAACGUUGUCUCAAAAUUGCAAGAUGACUCCAUUAAACCUAUUGAUACUGUCAUACCAGAACGAGAUAAUCAACUAUCGAAUAUAGUUCAUACAACUAGUGAACACAAACAAGAAUUUGAAUCAUCACCAUAUAUAUCGACAGAGAUCCAGUCUGAUAUAUUGGAACAAUCAGAUGAGAAAACUAAUGAAAUAGCUACUUCGACACGCAUUGAAACGAUUCGUUCAGAAAGUACUACUAUCGGUAAAGUGGGAGACAAUAAAACAAUUAAUUUUGAACUAGAACAUGAUGCAGCUCUUCUUUUAUAUUCUCCACUCUUACCCAACGAUCCAGAACAAGAAGUACACAUGAUUUUAAAUGGUAAAAUAUCAGAAUUUAUAAGUGAUUCACAAUAUGAAAAAACAAAAGCACAACGAGUCUUAGCUAAAGCAAUACCUACAAAUAGUAUUCGUCAACAGAUUGAUAGAGAUACAAUUGUUACUAAUUCUUCAUUAUCAAAUCUUAUAGUUAAUAAUGAAGAAAUAAUUUCUGCUGUGUCUGAUACUCGAAAAUUAUCAAAUCCUUCGAAUGUACCAGGUGAUGAACUAUUAAUACCUAUUACAACACCUUCAUUAGAGAAUAUUAAAUCAAUGGCAAAAACAUCUCAUCGUACUACAAAUAAAUCAUUAAAACAAACUGACGAUAUUUAUAUAAAUUCUUUAACAAAUGCUUUACAUAAUUUAUUUUCUCGAUCAGAAUAUGAUAAUAAUAAACUACGAAAAAUUCAUGAUGAACUCAUUACUUCCGGUCAUAUUUCUCCAUUAAAUGAAUUUUAUCGUUCAUCCAGCGAAGCAUUACGUUUAACACUUGAUCAUUGUGUUACUUAUAAUGAUUUAAUUAAAUGGACUUUAUCAUUAUUACAAACACAAAAUAAACCAAAUUUAAUUGAUUUUGGUCAUGAUCUCUAUUCAAUUGCAAUUGAUUUAGAUCUAUCAUUAAUUGAGCGAAUCGAUAAUACACAAUGUGCAUUUGACAUACAAGAACAUCUUAAACAUGAUUUACAAACUAUUUCCGAAACUGAUUUACGAGAAAUAAAUUCUUAUUUAAAUGCAUCUCAAAUGGAAAAAUUAAUUAAUAUAACAAAAAAACUUAAUGUUACAUCAAAAGAUCGUAUGAUAGUAGAUUUAUAUUCAUAUCUUCUUCAUUUAAUUCAAAAUUGUCAUACAUUCAAACCAAAAUAUCGUCCAAUGCAAAUAUAUUUACGUGUAAUUUUAAUCAUUUUAUAUAUAUCAGAGAUGUCCAUCGCGGAAAUAGCUGAAACAUUUAAAUCUCGAGCUAUGAUCGAUUUAAUACGUAAAAUCAAUGAAAUUGAAAAACAUCUAUCAAAAAUGUAUUCAAUAACAUUUUUUGGUCUUAGUAAACGUAUGAAUGAAUCUCGAUUUAUAUUAACAAAAUGA